GCAUCACGUCCGCAGACGUGGGCCUGAAGGUGAACUCGCGGAAGGUGCUGGGCGCGGUGCUGAAGAACGCCGGGGUGCCGGACGACAAGUUUGCACCCACCUGCGUGAUCAUAGACAAGCAGGACAAGAUCGGCGCCGACGCCGUGAAAAAGGAGCUGCAGGAGCAGAUCGGCCUGGACAAGGGCGUCUGCGACCGCAUCGUGGACGCCACGAGCGCGGGCACGCUCGAGGAGUUCGCCUCGCUGGCCGGGGUGGGCGACAGCGAGGAGGUCAAGGAGCC